CACUAAGACAUUAAACCAUCAAGACAUUGCACAUAAACUUAGAAUAAUGAUGUAUAAAUUGAGUCAUUAGAUAAAUCUAAACUUAUUUUGUGUGAUGUAAUUUUCCGAAUGCUAUAUAAUUUGGUCUACUGAGAAAUUAAAUUAUUAAUCUCGUGGUCUAAUUUAAUUAAAAAAUUAAAUUCAUAAAUAUUUAAUAAAAAUAUUACAUAUGUAUCCAAUUAAAAUAUGCCAUUUAACGAAUUAGGUUCCACUUAAAUAUAAUAAUAAUAAUUAAAAAAAAAAAAAAACAUUGUAUUCUGACUAAGUGAACAAACAACAUAAUAUACUUGGCUCACCGAACUGUGCUACAGGUAUCCAUAACUUCUCCUACGGAGGGGAACCAUCACACUCAAAUAACGACAAGCCAUGAUAUAUAAUAUAUAUACACACAUACAUAUACAUAUAGAGAGAGAAAGUGCUUAAACAGCACAUAUAUAAAGAGGGAGAAAUUGCCGCAAUAAACCAGGAUUCAAAGUUCAAACAAACAGAAACAGAUCCGUAAUACGCUUUGGUGGACAUGGAGAGAACAAGCAGCAAGAAAGGAGACGAAACGGCCGAAGAAAAAGGCACCGUCGUGGAGCCUACGAAGACGAAGAAGGUGGAAGAAGACGAUGACGCGAUCGACUCGAUCGAGCGGAUCUUCGAGUGCAAGGAGGUACCGCCAUGGCAGAGCCAGCUGACGGUGCGAGCCUUCAUGGUGAGCAUAUUGUUGGGAGUUCUCUUCACCUUCAUCGUGAUGAAGCUCAAUCUCACCACCGGUAUCAUCCCGUCGCUCAACGUCUCGGCCGGUCUGUUAGGGUUCUUCUUCGUCAAGACGUGGACGAAGCUUCUCCAGAAAUCUGGACUCCUGAAGCAGCCUUUCACCAGGCAGGAGAACACCGUCAUUCAGACCUGCGUCGUCGCCACCUCCGGCAUCGCCUUCAGCGGAGGUUUUGGUAGUUACCUUUUUGGCAUGAGUGAGAAAAUUGCUGAACAGUCAAGUGAAGCUAAGAAUGCAGCGAAUAUCAAGAAUCCAACUUUGGCAUGGAUGAUUGGAUUUCUUUUUGUUGUUAGCUUUCUCGGACUCUUUUCUGUGGUGCCUCUUCGGAGGAUAAUGAUAGUAGACUUCAAACUGACUUAUCCAAGCGGCACUGCAACCGCUCACCUUAUCAACAGCUUCCAUACUCCUAAAGGAGCCAAGCUUGCAAAGAAACAAGUCAGAACUCUCGGCAGAUUCUUCUCAUUUAGCAUCUUGUGGGGUUUCUUCCAGUGGUUCUACACUGGAGGGGAAAAUUGUGGAUUUGAAUAUUUUCCUUCACUUGGUCUCAAAGCCUACGAACAAAAGUUUUAUUUUAAUUUCUCAGCAAUGUAUGUUGGUGUUGGGAUGAUCUGUCCAUAUCUAGUCAACGUAUCGUUGCUAAUUGGAGGAAUUCUCUCAUGGGGUAUAAUGUGGCCUCUUAUAGAGACCCAGCAGGGCCAUUGGUACCCUUCUGGCCUGGGGCAAAGUAAUCUCCAUGGGAUACAGGGUUACCGGGUCUUCAUUGGCAUAUCCAUGAUCCUAGGUGAUGGACUAUACAACUUUGUCAAAGUCCUUUAUAUCACCAUCUUUGGUUUAUAUAACCAAAUGCGUCAAAAAGAUUCAGGUGAUGUCCUUCCAGUUGAUGGUCGGUCUGCCCUAGCGAAUUCUGUAUCUUAUGACGACCAACGACGGACCCAACUUUUCCUCAAGGACCAAAUACCAACAUGGCUUGCAGUUGCUGGCUAUUUAAUCAUUGCUGUCAUCUCUGCCGUUACAAUUCCACAUAUCUUCCCCCCACUCAAGUGGUACUAUAUUGUGGUUAUAUAUGUAUGUGCACCCGUAUUAGCCUUUUGCAAUGCUUAUGGAUGUGGGCUGACUGAUUGGUCCUUGGCAUCCACCUACGGAAAGCUGGCAAUCUUUGUAAUCGGAUCAUGGGCAGGAGCCUCUGGUGGUGGAGUGCUCGCGGGAUUAGCAGCUUGUGGGGUUAUGAUGAACAUAGUCUCCACUGCAUCUGACCUCACGCAGGAUUUCAAGACAGGCUAUAUGACCCUGGCUUCACCAAGGUCCAUGUUUGUGAGCCAAGCUAUUGGUACUGCAAUGGGCUGUGUUAUUUCCCCUUGUGUGUUUUGGCUCUUCUACAAGGCAUUCCCUGAUAUCGGUGUCCUUGGUACAGAAUAUCCUGCCCCUUAUGCUACUGUUUACCGGAACAUGGCAAUCUUGGGGGUUGAUGGGUUUUCAGCUUUGCCAAAGCACUGCCUUCAGCUUUGCUAUUUGUUCUUUGGUGUGGCUAUUGUUGUCAAUGCAAUCCGAGAUGUUGUUGGAAAGAAGUGGGCUCAGUAUAUUCCUCUUCCUAUGGCAAUGGCAAUACCAUUCUACAUUGGAUCGUACUUUGCGAUUGCUAUGUGCAUUGGGAGCUUCAUACUCUUUGUUUGGAGGAAGAUAGACAAGGCCAAGGCCGAUGCAUUCGGACCUGCUGUGGCUUCUGGUUUAAUUUGUGGGGAGGGAAUAUGGACACUGCCUAGUUCCAUUAUCGCUUUGUUAGGUGUGAAACCACCCAUCUGCAUGAAGUUUCUGAGCAGUAAAUAUACUAGCAAGGUUGAUAAAUUCCUUAAAGAACUUAAAUCUAAAUCUAAGAUUGGGUAGGCAAGUAUAUGGUGUCUUAUUUCUUUUGUUCAUCUUCAAACAUGGAUCUCAUCAUAUCUAUGUACAUGUAGAAUUAUUCAUGCAUCUGUUGAUGCUAGAAAGUAGAGUCAAAGUCCUAUAUGUGCAAAGUAUUCAUAUAUAAUAAGAUCCAAAAUU